AUGUGCAUGAGGAUUGAAGAUGACCCAUUUCCUGUAGCCAGUAUUGAAGCUAAAGAAAGGGGAAAUGCUCUGAAUGCCCAGGCUGCCCUCUCCCAGGCUCGGGAACACCAGCUUGCCUCUGCCUCGGAGCUCCCCUUGGGCUCUCAGCCAGCCCCUCAGCCCCCAGUACCCCGUCCAGGGCACUGUGAGGGAGCUGCAGCAGGGCUCAAGGCAGCCCAGGGACCGCCCCUUCCUGCUGUGCCUCCAAAUGCAGUUGUCCUGGCCUGCACACAGGAGGCCCUCCUGCAGAAGCUGACCUGGGCCUCAGCUGAGCUGGGCUCUAGCGCCUCCCUGGAGACUAGCAUCCAGCUGUGUAGCCUAAUCCAGGCUUGUGCUGAGGCUCUGCGCAGCCUUUGGCAGCUGCAACACUCAGAGGCCCCUCCUGAGAAAAACCCUGCGUGGUCCUGCCCUCAGGCCUUGGUCUUUUCUGUUUCUUCUGCCUCAAAUGCCGUUCCUCCAAACACUCACAAUUGGUCCCCCAGUUCCUUCAGGUCUCAGAUCAAAUGUCACUUCGCCACUCUAUAUUGA